UGGAAUUGUCAGCCUAAUUGGUUUAGCGAUAGUUGCUUUUUGGAUUAACACUCCUCGCCAAAGUAAUAAUAAUGAACCGACAAAAACUCCCUCCAUUCCCGUCCCCUCUUAUCAGGAGGAGCAAGAUGAAUGUCCUUAUAAUGAAUGGACCAUGACCGGAAAUUACAAUACUGGUGGGUUAGAGGAAAAAGAUAUUCCGGAUUUAAAAUCCGAAAAGAGGGUUGGGGCUCGUGAUAAUGAAAACGAGGAAACUCGGGUAGGUCUAACUCAUAAUGUAGUAGUUAUCGCUCGGAAAAUUACGGGUGGUGGACCCAGAAUUAGGGUUGAUAAAAAUCAAACCUAUGAUUUGCCUAUGAUGCCGGACAGUGCCAAAAAACAUAUGAAAUAUAUUGAAAUGAUAGUUGAAUUAACCGGUGCAAAAAUUAAUCCCAACCA